CUAUAUACCGUUAGUGUUUAUUAAUAUCGAAUUAAAAUGGCAGUGACUGUGCUUCCACUAAAUUGCAUGACAGUCUGUGUGAUGGUGCUGUUUUUAAUAGACUCUAUUAGUUUGGUGACUUCUGAAGGAACGCCGACAGACAUAUCCAUGUACCCAGAAAUUAUCCGGAGCAGGAGGAGUUACGAAGUCCGCAGGAAGGACCAUUCAACCGGCAACUCCUUAAAAACCCCGGGACACAGUACGGCGUUCCUCACUGAAAAUUCAACAGUGGUGGUUGCUCAAAUAGGCGGAACGGCAAAAUUGCCUUGCGUUGUUCGAAAAUUCAGUAACGGAGUGGUAUCCUGGAUCCGCAAGAAGGACUCUCCGCCAACAAUCCUCACAGUUGGCGUGGGGACCUACAUAGCCGACGACCGUUUCCUGGUGGAACACGCUAGACACCUCCAGAACUGGGGACUAGUGAUAAAACACGUUCGCCCUUCUGAUGCCGGACUCUACGAAUGUCAGGUGUCAUCUCAUCCCACCACCAGUAUAUUUAUAGAACUGAGAGUGACAGAGGCAUCUGCCGAAAUCAUGGGCUCCCCGGACCUUCACGUGCGCGCCGGCUCCCUCCUGCGCCUGGUUUGCACCCUGCGGCACUCCACGGAGCCGCCCGAGUACGUGUUCUGGUACCACGAACAAAGAAUGAUAAAUCACGACCCCGGAGUGUCGGUAACCGCGGAUCGUGCCUCCAGCGUCCUGCAGCUUGAGGAGGCGGACACGAGCCACAACGGCAACUACACUUGUUACCCGUCGAACGCCAUCCCGGCUUACAUCAACGUUCAUGUGCUCAAUGCCACCGAAGAGGAAAAUCCAGCGGCCAUGUUACAUGCCAACAGCAGCGAUGUUUCCACAGCACUCUUUAUAAGUAUUCUCCUAGCUUUAUUUGCGAACAUUUUAAUGACUUUAGAUAGAUGA